UGGUUUGGCUGGAGGCUGUCAACUUGUCUAGCAGUGAGGCGAUCCCAGCCUGCCCGACCGGCAACUCCUCUCCGUCUCUCCCCCAUGCCGCCGCCGCCGCCGCCGCCUCCUCCUCCCGCCGUUCCUCCCACCAGCGCCGCCGCGGCCUAUGCGUCUCUUGCCGCCAUUGCGAGCUCCGUCGAGGGCCUCGCCUCCUUCAACGAGGUGCUCGUCGAGUUCCUCGACGAGUGGCGCGAAUUCCACCUCGACGCCAACUCCAUCGCCGCCGCCCUGCCCCCACUCGCCGACGACGAUGCCGACCCCGACCCCAAGCCCAGCCCCGUGGGAGAGCUCGGGGCCCUCCUCGGCCAGUGGAACCCCGUCCUCCCCGCGGCCGCCGCCGCCGCACCCCCCCUCGCCGACCGCGUAGCGGACGAAUCCAACCCUAGAUUACCCGACCCCGUCGCCGAGCGCCGCCAGCACAGUCCCGUGCCUCAAGACCCCCUCCACCAGCGGGACGAAUCCAUCCCUAAACCCGGCCCGGUGAUCGAGCGCCGCGAGCACAGUCCCCUGCCUGCGCCCCAGCGGCUCACCUCCGCCCCCGCCGUCCCCGCCGCCGCCGCCGACCCCGUCCCCGAGCCCGAGCCGAAACCCGCCCUCCCGGCCGAGGUCGGGCCCGUUCGCGCGCCCAAGCCCGCACCCAAGCCCGGCCCCGGCCGCGAGCGCAGGGCCAGCGAGCAGGAGGCGGAGAUGCUGGGGGGCAUCUGCGAGCAGAUGGGGUCGCGCUCGCUCCGCGGCUUCGUCACCACCCACCUGCGGGACCGCGCCUGGCUGCGCCGCGUGGGCCCGGCCGCGCUGCGCCGCGCCCCGGACCCCGCCGUGCUCGUCAUCCGCGCCGUCAGCCGCAGCUACAUCUGCGCCGAGAGCGAGAACGCCGAGACCGCCUGCGUGCUCCUCCUGGAGCUCUACGUGCGCGCGGGCUGCCCCCGCCGCCCGGAGGGGGAGGGGGAGGCCGAGGUGCGGGCCGAGGCGCGCGUGUCCGCGCUCUCGUGGCGCAGCCGGAUCGUGCGGGAGAAGGGCCGGGUCGCCGACGCCAGCGCCAGGGACGCCCGCGGCCUCAUCCUCCUCAUGGCCGCCUUCGGCGUGCCCCUCGAGUUCCCUCUGCAGGAGCUCUACCAGCUGAUGCUUGCCGGCGGCUGCUUGACCUGCGUCGACGUGCUCAGAUGCUCCCAGCCCUUCAUGAAGAAGCUGCGUGAUGUUGUUGCUGAUAUGCUGAACAGGGGAAGUUAUCGCGAAGCGAUUGGUGUGAUCCUUGCAUUUGACCUGCAGGAGGCGUUCCCGCUCGAUGGCGUACUGUCUUACAUCGUUGACAAGGUUGUGCGCAAUAGGAAGGAGCAAGAGAGCGAGGUGGAGUGUGAUUUGGCGGGAUCGAAAAAACGUGAUGAAGAGGAGUUGCUUCUUUGGAGAUCAAUAUCGAAAUAUGUGGAGGAGCGCACACCAUGUUUUUCAGAAAUGUCUUGUCCCAGUUUGGCUGAGAGGAUUAAGGUGCUAGAAGAACGCGUUGGAAAGCCAAACCAAAACCUUUCUGAGUGAAGAGAGUCGCGAACCAAGCUUCUCUGAGCGAAGAGAGCCAAACCAUGCCUCUCUAAUGAUCUAACAUAAAUCAUGAACUGCAGAAGCAACACCGCUACGAGCGAGGAGAGCUUAACAGACCAGUUCUGCAGUUCAAAUACUGCAGCUAUACGAAUUUUGACAUGGAUCCAGCCGUACUGUACUGUAUGGACUUGUAGGAAGUCUUUCUGGGCUCCUCAAGUAUCCAUUAUACACCUGAUAGAAUUAUACCCAGCCUAGUAAGGCACACAGUAUGACAAUAUGUUGUGGUGAACUUAAACCUGCUUGUAGCAACCUUGGCCUGUUUCCCCCAAACAGCAAGCUCGGUAAUAUUUCCAUGUUUGGAAGGGAUGGAUUUUGGGGAUUGUUCUGAAUCCCGCAUCAUCCUUCCAUUCCCACCCCUUUCAGAACAUCCGUUUGAGACUCUGUGUGGUGGCCUGUUUUGAAAGCUCACAUUUACUUUGGCCCAAGAUGAAUGAAUCAUGAAAUCUCUAGUUAUGUUUUAUUUCUAAGUCAAUUCAUUCCGUAAUGUCGAGUUAUAGUUUCUGUAAUCUUUUUAUUAAAUUCUUAUAAUAUUUGGCCAUGCUUUUGUGGAAUUCACUCAAGAUGGGUUUUGUAGAACAUGGCACAUCUUGGUUUGCCUGUUCUAUGCAGCAUCACAAAAUUUGGUCACUGAAAAUGCCAAAAUUGCCUUUCCAUCCUACAGUCGUAUGGUCUGUAGAGGAGGAAAUGGGGUGUGGGCAUUCCUAAGGCAUAAUCAUGACAUGUUCUCCUUGUGAUUCUUUGCACUUGGUACAGUGUUGGGUGAACGUCUAGGCAGAGCUUGAGGAAAUGAACUUGCUUGAUGGAGGACUUUCUAAAACUUGCUUCUUACAGUUCUUUUCUCCCUACUAAUGCCUGGGUGCCACUUUUGAUUUUGUUUCUUGGUAUUAUCUACUCCCUCGCCUAGAAUUACUUGUCGUAGAAAUGGAUGUAUCUAGACGUAUUUUUAGUUCUAGAUACAUACAUUUGUAUCCAUUUCCGCGACAAGUAAUUCGGGACGGAGGGAGUAUUAUAUACGGGGAACAUCAAGUUCUAGGUUCUGAUAAUAUUUGUAUUAAAUUCUGCUAUGGUUUGACCCUGCUCUCUAUCAGUUUAGUUGGCUUUUGUUUCCACCACGGUGCAUCUUGUUCUGUAAUUCUGUUCUGUGCAGCAUGGAGUGCAACCACAGAACAUGAUCUAACAUAAAUCAUGAACUGCAGAAGCAACACCGCUACGAGUGAGGAGAGCUUAACAGACCAGUUCUGCAGUUCAAAUACUGUAACUAUACGAAUUUUGACAUGGAUCCAGCCGUACUGUACUGUAUGGGCUAGUAGGAAGUCUUUCUGGGCUCCUCAAGUAUCCAUUAUACACCUGAUAGAAUUAUACUCAGCCUGGUAAGGCCCAUAGUAUGACAAUAUGUUGUGGUUGAACUUAAACCUGCUUGUAGCAA